AUGAACAACUGGGGAAAUAGCCACUGCUUGAAUACCAAUGUCACCUCAUCUCCUUGUGUCAAUGCAAUGCCUACUCCAGAAGCUUAUUAUUCUCCCAAUCAGAGCCAGAUUGAAGCGAUCCAACAAUCCGAGUACUGGUACCAACAGCAACAGCGUGGGAUCUCCCCUUCUUCAUCUGGUUUGUCUCGAGAAGAUAGCUACUCUCCGUGCUCGACUCCAAUCUUUAAUGUGGAUGAUGCUCACAUUAUGAACCCUCCUCUCUCUUCCUCUUGCACGUCCCAAUUUAUGCCAUUGAUUGAUCCCAUGGUCUAUAGUAACAACAGUAACCAUGCUACAGCUGUAGCAUCUAUAUCACAGCCUCCCUCUUCUUAUCAGCAGCCCAUGAUGAUGCCCUUACUGGAGCAUGAAACACAAGCACACCAUGAGAAGCUGUUAUCACACUACAAUGACCAUACAUCCAUGAUGGCCACCACUGAUAUGAACACUUAUAUGACAUACAACCUUCGUUCCCCUACACCACCUAUUAUAUCAAACAUGUAUUCUAUGAAUGCUGCCCCAAUGCCGGUCAACAGCAUGUAUGUUUCAUAUCACAACAACUACGCAAAUCAACAACUAGUACAUACCCACAACCAUGCAACCACUGCCAUCCACCGCUCGUUAGCAACACCCUCAUUACCACACGCUUACGGACAGCAUUUAGUCUACAACCGCUAUCCGGACAAUGUCAAGUAUACACAACAAGUACCAAGUCAUUUGAUGACAACAACAGAAGCAAAAGAAGGCAAUGCAUGUGUCUCAUCAUCACCAUCAGUAUCCUCUUCUUACAGCAGCAGUAGCAGCAGCAGUAACACCAUGCAUGGCACAACUUCUACUAUACGACACAAACAAACCACCAAUGGUACCUUGAACGGAUUUCCUUGCUUAAUACCUGAAUGCAACAAGCUGUUCUCUCGACCCUACAACCUCAAAUCACACAUGAGAACACACACUCAUGAAAGACCCUAUGAAUGUACAUAUAAACCUUGCGCCUGGAAGUUUGCUCGUCCUCAUGAUCUAAAAAGACAUGAACUACAACACACUGGCCAAAAGCCUCAUGGCUGUCGGUUCUGUCAUCGCAGAUUUGCAAGAAGUGAUGCUCUCAAGCGCCACUGGAAGGUCGAUAUCAAUUGUGCACAGGCUUUGAAGCAGGAAACGGCAAUGAAUGGUGGACAUGAGAUACAGACGAGACGCAAAAAGGCCAAAAAGAGCUCCAGUAAAUAA